CUGAAGGGGUAUGAGUGAAACUAAAUUGAAAAAAAGUCCAUUUAAUUUCUUCAUAUUAACAUAAAAGUAGUGCAAUAAUAUUUUAAACUAUAUCUCUAAAGUUGUGGCCCUCGAGAAGUGUUUAAUGUGGAGAGGACAUUGUAAAAACAUGAAGAUCUGAACAGUGCUUAGUUAUAUACACAUACUGACUACAAAAAAAAUAUUUGGGGUGCUACGGACAGAUUCCAACUCGGUUACAAUGGUUACAACAAGACGGGCACGUAAUCAGACAAGCUCCCGGCUAUCUGAGGCCGUAUUGCGUCCGAAUUUGGUAUCCGAAAAUGGAAGAGCUCGCCAGAACUUGAACCCAGAAGUGUUAGCUGCGAUGAGCAAAGAACAACUGCGGGCUGAGUGCAGGAAACGCGGACAACGGGCUACGGGCAACAAAAACGAGCUGCUAGCCCGUCUCGGGUAUUACAAACUGGCGGCUGCGCAGGCCGACACGGAGCAGCGCGCGCGCAACGGGCUCCACAACCCACACCCUAAAGAGAUCAGAAUAAGGAGCAAAGAAAACAUGGAUUCAGAGAGCAAUUUAGUGCUGUGGCGACGACCUUUCACCACAUUAGAAUACUUCUUCAAAGAGCUUUUCGCGCUCACAUCCGCUGGACUCCAAAGAUUAUUCGCGUACAAACUGCUGGCGUUAUUAAUAGUAUUGAUAAUCACCGGGACGACGGUGUCCUACCACAUAAGUGGGCCUCAUCAGCCCUACGUACAUCUAGUAAUAUCAACACUGGCGUGGUGGGGCUGGUGGGUGAUCCUAGGCGUAUGCAGUUCCGUAGGCCUCGGGACAGGCCUCCACACAUUCCUCCUAUACCUGGGGCCUCACAUCGCGCGGGUCACCCUCGCUGCGUACGAGUGUGGAGGCCUCAACUUUCCCGAACCUCCUUAUCCUAACGAUAUAAUCUGCCCAGCAGAAAUCGAUCCCAACAACGCCGUGUCCAUAUGGAACAUCAUGGCGAAAGUUCGCGUCGAGUCCAUGAUGUGGGGCAUCGGUACUGCGUUAGGAGAACUGCCUCCGUACUUCAUGGCGAGAGCAGCGAGGCUGUCUGGUGGCAGUGUAGCGGAGCUUAAUAUAGAUGAUGAGUCUGCUAUGAGCAGAGCAAAGAAAACAGUACAAAAGCUAGUCGAGCAGAUCGGCUUCAUCGGCAUUCUAGCGUGCGCGUCAAUACCCAACCCACUGUUCGACCUCGCCGGGCUAACCUGUGGGCACUUCCUCGUACCGUUCUGGACUUUCUUCGGGGCUACGGUCUUGGGCAAGGCGGUUAUCAAGAUGCAUAUACAGAAGAUGUUUGUGAUUGUGUCUUUCAAUGAGACUCUAGUCGGACAAGUCCUAACCUGGGUGGAGCGGAUACCGUACAUCGGGCCAAAACUCGAAGCGCCUCUCCUUGAGUUCCUUCGCAACCAAAAGGCCAGAUUACACAAAAACGACUCCGCACUGCCAGAGAACUCGGGCUCAGUUCUCUCCAGUCUACUAGAGAAGUUCGUACUGGCGAUGGUGCUGUACUUUGUGGUGUCUAUAGUGAACGCUCUGGCGCAGAAUUAUAAUAAGAGGAAUGGGAAGAAAAAAGGGAAGAAGAGGGAAUAACGCGCGACCGUCGACGCGGCACCACACCACGCGCGCCGUCGAACGUCGGAGAAAAGGCGGCGGUAGUACCCAAUAAACUGCGAUGAAAGUUAAAUAGUUAUUUUAUUAAGACACGUACAACACUACAAGAUAGCCAUCCUUCUCUUACAUAUACCGUCAUCAUAUGUGCGACAGAGAGAGCAUGAUUCUUGUAGUUUUGUACUAGAGUUAGACUAAGCUGGCAACGAUUUUGAUAGUCCCGCACAUACAACCUAGCAAAAAAAAAAUAUAAAUUACAAAGUGGCAACAUAAUAGUAAUGAAUAGAUUAUUGCUUAAAGUUUAUGUAAUUAACACAAAAACAAUAUUUUUAUUAAAAUUUCUUGCUUAAGUAUCGUCACAAAACUGACAGUGAGUUACUUUUUGUUAA